AUGACAAUGCCAGGCCGAGAACAGCGCCCACCUGCUCUGUCAUUUGACCUAGGCCGCGAACUCUAUCCGAAGUCGAGUUUAGCUGCCGUCGGCCUUUCGCAGUCAUGUGCGCCGCUGCACUCGCUCCCGCGUCUUUCACAGUUGUACAAUGCAGCAAGGUCACAACACGUGGGCUCUCGCGCGUUCGCCCGGCACCGCGUUCUCAGUACAUUUGGUAAGGGCACCCUUGUUUCCCCGCAUUCGCGAAUAAAAGCGCCGAAGCAGCUAGGUGACAUCCUACCGGAACAGAAUCAAGACGCCUGUCCGAAGGCGCCACAAAUCUGUUCACCCGAUCAGUCCACGCAAAAGGACUCCAAAUUGGGAAUAACGAAAAAACCUAGCGCUGUUUACAUAUGCAGGAGGUACGUCGCGAAAGCUUAUGCGGCAAGCCCUGUCACAGCUAUGCGAUCAGACGAGUACAUGGACAUCGGGUCUGCAAUGUGUGCGUCUAGAUCUAGAAGAGAACAUUACCGUGGAAACCGUGACAGGAAGCUGUCGAAGUAGAUGGUGCUUGUAUCGCUAUGGAUUUUGUAACAGAUGGACUUUGAUACAAGAGACGAAAGCUACUCAAAAAAACUAGGGCGGGAUGUUGGUGUAGUAUAUGCUGUCCAAGUCUGGCAUCUCGGCUUCGUCUCUGUACGCACUCUGGGUGCUGGAUGGCGAGGCUUCGGCGGAUACUCAACAAACACGUAGGUUUGUGCAAUCCACCGCUACGGUGGCUAGCCUAUGGAUACUGGUCUGGUCCCGAUUUAGCGUCCGUCGAC